AUGGCGAACGCCGCCGAAAAGAUUCCAGUCUAUAACCUGGCUGACCUCAAGAACACAUCCAAUGAUGCCAUUCCCAACUACCUCAACUCUCUCAAGGUCGAACAGUCCCAUAGCCUAACUGAUGUCCGGCUCGCACUCGGUUUUAGUGCAUUCGGUAUCGCAGCCGCCUGUUUCGCUUGGGAUUACAAGCUAGGCCAUGAGGCGACAAAACACUACACAGCUGCUGCUGUUAUACUCUACACUUUGAUCAACACUGCCAUGACACUAUGGAUUAUGUUCAAGGAGAAGGAUACUAUCUACGAGGGAACUUCACCCUCGGGAGAGAAGGUCUCUAUUGCCAGCUCUACCAAGAAGAACGUCCCCAUCUACAACCUCACCGUUACCGUCACCGAUAAGAAUUCCAAGUCCAACGUAUACAAGGUCUCUAAGCCUUUCAGCGAGUGGUUCGACGAGACUGGUCAGUUUGUCGCCGUUCCCUUCCAGUCAAUGCUCGCCAAUGCGGUUCCUGUGAUAGGAAAGAGGGACCCCAAGCGUGUCACUGUUUCCAAGGAGCUGUUGGAUGCCAGUCCUGAUGUCCUCGAUGCUAUCCUUGCGGCUAACGCGAAUGCUACUGGAUCUGAGACCCCUGAUGCGACAGGUACCAAGGCAGCGAAGCGACGUGGCGCUUAG